AUGGUGACCACACCCCGAGGAAAGUUCAUCUGGCGUCGACAUCUCGACCAGCUGCUGGCUGGUGCAGGCACUAUGGUGACACCAAGGGCAUCCGACUCAGACUUCAUGGAGGGGUUCCUGGCCUUCCAUCAAAGCCAGACUGGUGACCAGCCAACGUUAGAAGAGCCGAUGCCCCUGCUUGUAACAACGAGCACCAUGACUGCAGAACUAUCCCACGCUGUGCUGGCUUUCGGUGUUGACCUCUACAAACAGUUCAUCGUUAACGCUGGCAGAAAUGCCAGGAAUGUCGUUGCCUCGCCAUUCAGCAUCGCAACCACCUUGUCUAUGACUUUAGCAGGUGCCAGGGGUCAUACCGCGGAAGAAAUUGCAAAUGCCCUCCAUACCGAAAAUUCCAACGAUGUCCACAGCCACUUCUGCAACUUCCUCGCACAGCUCUUGGGCUGCGCACCAGAAGUGACACUCGAAAUUGCAAACCGUCUGUACUGCGAGAGGGCGUUUAGUGUGCUUGACGAGUACACUAACGUGCUGGAGAAGUUCUACGGUAGUGCCGUCAUGCCCGCUAACUUCAAGUCGGAAGCCGAAGAGGCAAGGCUCGCCAUCAAUGCGUGGGUCGAGGAGGCCACGAAAUCAAAGAUCAAAGACCUCCUUCCAGGGGGCAUUAUUGACUCUGAUACGGCUCUUGUCCUAGUCAAUGCCGUUUACUUCAAAGGUGCAUGGAAAGACCAGUUUGACACAUUUUCCACGUCCCCAGGCAACUUUCACGUGUCCAAGGGCAAGGUCAAGACGGUGGACAUGAUGCACAACGUGGCACGGUAUCGAGUGUGCACCAAGUGUGAGGGCCUCAAGGCAGGCGCCAUCGAGCUUCCAUACAAGGGUGGCAAGGCGUCCAUGUUGAUACUGCUUCCAGAUGAUGUGGAAGGGCUGGCAGACCUGGAGGCUUCACUGACUGCAACAAACCUGGCAGGCAUCAUGGCUGCACUGCAAGGCCCUGCGAAGUCUGUCAACCUCAGCCUGCCGCGGUUCAAGGUCGAGCAAGCCACAGACUUAAAGAUGACCUUGCGCUGCAUGGGAAUCAAGGACCUUUUCUCCGAUGGUGCUGAUCUCUCUGGGAUAAAUGGAAAGAAAGAGUUGGCUGUUUCAGCGGCCAUCCACAAGGCCUUUGUUGAGGUCAGUGAGGAAGGCACUGAAGCGGCGGCUGCGACCGUCAUGGCCGCGAGCAAUAGUUGUGCCAGGUUUGCUACCAACUUCACCGUGGAUCACCCGUUCAUGUUCCUGAUUAGGUGGCAUGACCCCAGUGUUAUUCUGUUCAUGGGAUCUGUGCGUGACAUUAUUACUUAAGCGUAUUAACAGCUACCUUAACAAAUUUAGCUUGCUGAAACCUGGUUAAUUUGGUUUUUGUUAAGGAAGUUCAACUAACUUGACUUUGCUAACGUUAACUGAUUAUAUUAGACAUUCACCUUAUCUCGGUUACUUUAUUGGCUUGAUUUUCUUAUUCUUAGGCCUUUACUAAAGCUUUUGAUACAAUCUACCAUAACAUUUUGUUUACCAAACUCUAUUCUAUUGGAAUAACUGGUCCAGCACUAAAUCUGUUAAAAAGCUGCCUAUUUAAUCAAGCACUAACAGCGUGUGCAGGUGGGGCUUUUUCUGAAAGCAAUAUUAUUAACCAUGGAGUGUCCCAAGGCUCUAUUUUAGGUCCACUGUUAUUUUGCACUUAUGUGAAUGAUUUACCUGACUGCCUUAACUAUACACUACCUAUGCUACAUUCAGAAGAUACGACUGUUGCCCUCUCGGAUAAAUCAUUACUUUCAUUAAUUUUGACACCAAAUAAUGACCUGUCUAAAAUUGCUGAAUGGUGUAACAUUAAUUUCGUAAUUAUAAACCCUAAAAAUAGCAAUUCAUGAUAUUUAGGUCAUCGCAGAAAUCAUUACCUUGCUCUCCGGCAAUAACCCUCAAUAACCCACGAUUCGUCAUUUUCAUUUCUGUGUGCACCAUAACCCCUGCCUUGGCCCUACGUGGUGGAAGGAACAUAGUAAUGAGGGUACAGGAAGGAAAUAUCGGAGGGGUCGGCCGCAUCCUCCCGACCCAAUUUCGUGUUCCCCUUGUCCUAGGCUACAGGAUCAUAUUUUAUUAUAGGAUGCGUGUGUUAGGCAUGGUAUUAGGCACCUGAAGUAAAUCCACUGUUGAAGUCGAGUCAGAGUGGAUAUUAAACUACUUUUCCUAAAAGCAGACAGCCUUACACAUUCACCGAGUGUAGUGGGGAAUUUUGUUCUAGGUGAAAGCUGUAACAGGCCAUCCUCGCAGAAAACAAACCGGGAAAACAAAUUAUGGUAUAUAUAAUUAUAUAUGUGUGUAUACAUGACCGUUUGUGAUACGAAAUGUAGAUGGUAGAGCAUGAAUAAUAAAAUCGUUCAUCAACAAACAAGCCAUGUCAUUGCACACCUCUAAACACACAAACACUUUGUGUUUCAGUGAUGCCGUAACCUGUGAUAAUCUUGUGAUGACUGUUGUGUGAAUCAGUAUAUAUGUGUGCCUUGUAGCAGUUUGCUACCAAGAUUAGUAAAGGGAAAUACAGCAUUCGAGUUGUUCAGCCACUAUGCGAAUCGUUUGGUGCGCUUAUUUUACUAUUUAUGGUUCAGUCGGGGUGCAUGAUAGCAUUGCAAAAGUUCUUUCAAGCAGUUAAGAAUUUUACAUUCAGAACUAACUCAUCUUAUUGCACAACAUCCCAUUCGCUUCCGGACCAGUGCAAGGCCUUAUCCAGGUUAGCUUGAAAGAUUUACUGCAUGGCGAGAUCACUCAUCAGAGAGUUUAGGAAAGUAGAGUAAGUAAAGCUACUGUAUCGAGCCCUGGGGCAACGCAUAUCCAACAUAUUUAAAACCCUUAGUUUGAUUACAGAAACGAGCUCUUAGAAUUAUUACGCACUCCAAAUACACACACCCGAGCAGACCUCAAUUUCAGGCUCCCCACAUUUGACCUAUAAAAUCAAUUUACACGUUACGUGUAGCUCGUAUAAUUUAUCAUGUACAGAAGUUUAAUUACCCUGUAUCAUACAGUGUCCAUGUAACACCUAAAGGAGCACAAGGGCUUCCAUAGCACGUAAGUUUAACUUACCUAUGUGCCGAAAUACUUACAGUGAAAGACUACUUGAAUUUAGUGGCACUAUCAUACGGAUGAAAUUCCCAAUAAUGUCAAGUUAAGUAAGGAUUUCAUGCAAUCAUUCAAGCGUUAUUUAUCAGAACUGUAAAGAUAUUUUGCAUGUCUGUCAAAAUACAAAUUACAAUUUUCACUUAUGGGAAAUGUAGCUAUACUAAUAAAUAAAUAAAUAUUUAGUGUAUAUUUUUAAUAUUGCAGUUCAGUUGACAAGCCUGAGCCCGCGUUGUUUUCACGGGUUGUCUAAAUAUUUUUGAUUUCUAUGUGACAUAUGUUGAUAUGUAAAUCCGCCUUGUCGUUCAACUUCUAUGCCUAUUUUGCUAUGGACCCUCUACUAGCCUUGUGGUUAUGGGUAUGCUUCCAUAUUGUGCUUCCAUAUUGUAUGAUUCCGUAUUGCACGCAAACAAACAUAUUUAAAUAACCGAGGGGAAAAAAAAGAUGUACGUGUAUGAGUCAGCUUAUCAGCCAGCAUUACUGAUGGCGCUCGUCCUCUUCUGAUCCAAGCGUCGAUCUUAGUGUGAUUUAUUCGCACUUAGUUUUCCAGUCAACAUGGCUAUGGCCUACAAUUGAAAGAAUGUUUCACAUCCGCUGUCAUGGCUGCGAGUUGCAUUGCCUAACAUUUCCAGGGCUAGAUCUCAUACACGUACAGAAAUACUGAAGAAAGUGGACAGGAAGACAACUGUCGCAGUAGCUCAAUGGUAGGUUAUUGCACAUGUAAUGUGGAAGAUGCGGAUUUGUUCGCCACCUGUGGUGUGUUAUCCUUUUUGUGCAUUUCCCUUUUCCUUUUGUUUCUUGUUUCUACAGUUCAGUUAAAGAAAACAGUCAAUUUCCUGUA